UUGGCAGCCACCUCCCCGGGGUCCUCACUGAAGUGCAUGUUAGCUGAUAAACAAAACGUCAGAACAGCACAGCUAAAAUCAAGCUUUUUUCCACCUCUCGUGUUCUUUAUGGAACCUAUCUUAACUUUUCAUAGCAGGCGGACAUCAUUAUAUGCAGGCUAGUCUCCUAAAGACAUCACAUUGUCUUGUUUCCGGGACCUUUACACUGUGAAAGCAGUGAAAUUAGCUCAAACUGCUGUUAGCUUGGUUAGCUAGCUGGAUGUGUUGAACAGCAGCCUCUUGUUUUGCUCUCAUUCUUCCAGUGAAGGAGAUGGAUGGUUAUCCCGGGGUCACUGGUGGGGAUUCAACCAAGCAACAGGAAAGACAUUACUACCUGUUGUCAGAGCUGCAAACCUUAGUGAAAGAUUUACCCAGCUCCUUCCAGCAGCGCCUGUCCUACAACACGCUGAGUGACCUGGCUCUGGCGCUCAUAGAUGGGACGGUGUAUGAGAUCGUGCAGGGGCUCCUGGAUAUUCAGCAUCUGACUGAGAAGAAUCUGUACAACCAGAGGCAGAAGCUGCACGGGGAACACCAAGCACUCAAACAAGAGCUUUUACGAAAACACAAAGAUGCUCUGCAGUCCUGCAAGUCUCAUAACCUUGGGCUUCUCAAAUCAAACCAACAAUCAGAAGUAGAGGCUCUGGACAUACGUGUGCGAGAGGAACAAAAAAUGAUGGAUAAGAAGAUCGUAGCUGAAAUGGAUCAGAAAGUGAUAGACCAGCAGAACACCCUGGAGAAGGCGGGAGUCCCUGGGUUUUACAUCACCACUAAUCCUCAGGAGCUGACAAUGCAGAUGAACCUACUUGAACUGAUCCUCAAGCUUCAACAGAAGGAGUCACAAUCUGGAUUAAUAUGAGGAAGAUUACAAAGAAUCCUCAUUGUAGCAUAAAAACCAACGGCAUAUACUCACAAUCCAUUUACUGUGAGAUUCACCGUGUCUCAGUCAACAUGUUACUUACAUUGCUGUUUUUAAGAAGCAGCAAGUUCAGAGAAUGUUGAACACAUGUUUUCCCGAGUGUUAUUGUCAUCACCAUCAUAAGCCGGUUGGAGAAGGCUGAUUCUAAAGUGUUCAAGUAAGAUGUUUAAUGGAUUUGUUUUGCUUCAAAUCCUUUAAAGACACAUUAAAGGACAUGAAGAGAGGACCAGACAUGGCUGUACGUGGAAAUAAGGCUGUGACCUUCCUGAAAUAAGAUUAUUUUUUAAGUGCCUCUUGGUGCCUUUGGAGCAGUCAGUGAUGUUUGAGGUGAAAAGGAAAGUUUAAUUCCUUUUGGUGUGAACAGAGAUCUAAUUUUGAGCAGCAAGUGUGUACGAACAUUAAAUAUGAAGCCGAAAUUUGUACCUGCUCAAAUUUUUUAUUGCGUUUUUGCGAUUCCUAAAGUCGUUUUGGCAGGUUGUGUGAAAACCUGAUGUUUAUUUAAAUCAGCUGCUGUACAUUCGAAAAGUGGACCAGCUGUGACUCACCUCACCUCAAUGUUCAACUCAAAUAUCUAAAAUAGAAAUAGGGGGACAUGUUUCUGUUCCAGUGUUCUGUCUCUGCUCCGAACAGACAGAUAUGGGUUCACGUCAGGUGUUGAGCUAUCCUCUAUAUAACUGCAUUGAUAUUUAGAAUAUGUCUACUGAUUUUCUAUUACACAAAUGUCAGCUUUAAUAAACAAAUGUUUUUGUAGUUUCUUGAAA